ACGCAAAUGAGAUCUCGGUUUGGGGGCGUUUUGGAAUGGCGUCUAUUUCAAGUUACCUGGAGUCUCUUCGGGACUACCUCCCGCAGGAAGUAAGAUCUCUUUCUACAGAGAAGCAGAUCGAGUGGCUCAGUGAACUUCUCAGUCACCGUCACAGGCACCAGAGAGAAGAGGAGCAACAGCAAAAGGCCUAUGAAGAGGCCCGUAGAAUAAUAGCAGAGGAAUACCGUCCAUUACACCACCACCUGUACCGCUUGGAUGGAUGGAAAGUAACAGAUGGAUUCAGCGAGGCAGUCAGAAACAAAGAUAUUAUAAAAAUGAGAGCCAUACUCAAUGAAGAACGUUCAGGUACGAUUAGCUACUGUGUAUACAUGUGUGAUAGUAUAAUGUUCCCCUGGGACAGGGGUGUAUACAUGUGACAUUCUAUCUAAAGAAACAUGCCGAGAACUUGUCGAAGAGGUUCAUCAUUUUGAGAAGUGGUGUAAGGACCACCAGCUGAGAGUCAAUCGUCCAAACUCCAUGAACAAGUAUGGAGCCAUCCUUGAUGAUUUUGGACUUCAACCUGUGCUAGAUGAGUUCAUGAAAGCGUAUAUCCAGCCAUUUUCUACAUUCCUGUACCCUGUUCUGGGGCAGGACCUGGACAGCCACCACGGCUUUGUGGUGGAGUAUGAACUUGGUAAAGACACGAAUCUUGGAUUUCAUGUGGAUGAUAGUGAGGUGACUCUGAAUGUGUGUCUGGGAGAUGUGUUUACUGGGGGACAUCUCUUCUUUAAAGGUGUCAGAUGUGACAAGCAUGUUCACACAGCUCCCGCAGCUGGUGAGUGUUUUGAUCUGGAACACAAAGUAGGAAUGGGUGUAUUCCAUGUUGGGCGACAUCGUCAUGGGGCCAAUGACCUGACCUCAGGUCAUCGUAUUAAUUUGAUCAUGUGGUGUCGAUCCUCUCACCAGAGACAGGCCAGGAGUUGUGGGAAUUGUUCUUGCCACUCUCCAUGUCCAGAAUGGUGUGGUCUCUAUUCCGGCCCUCAACACUCUCAAUAAUGAUUUUUUAAAAUCACAGUUUGUAUUUUAAUAACACGCAAGGUUUUUUAAAAUCAAUGUGCAUUUUCCUUUUCAUGAUACAAUGUCAUAGCUACCUCAACCAGUUGAUUCAAUCGGACUCCGAAUCUACACAUC